CCAUUCAGGCGGAUUUUGGCAAACAACUUUACAAAAUUUAGGGCUUCUUCUAUGAGAUUAUAGUUUGUACAUUCGCAACAUUGUUAAGUGUACCAGUUUUCUAGAAAGGGUACAUCAAAAUCCUAUAGAAGACGAACCAGAAAUACUUUGACAGUCAUGUCCCCAUUAACAGUGUUUCACUUGACCUUUCACCUUACUCGUAAACCACACAACAAAUGAACAAACCGUGUUGCCCGUUGACUCUCUCUUUCUUUUUCCUCCUCCCUUAUAAAUAUUCGUUCUCUCCAUCUUAUUUCCUCUAUCUCUUCUUCAUCCAUCUAAAAAUGUCUGGAAUCCAAAUGAAAACCUCAUUUCAGUUCUCUCCAGAGUGUUACUUAUCAACUAAAACCCCGAAUAACAAGUCCCAGAGAUCAACAUCUAUUCCAACAGGAAAACCCAAGAAAUUCUCAAUUAAAUCUUCUGUUUCCUCGGAAACUCUUCCAAGAACCAACACAAGAUCAUCAUCAAGUCUGUACGAGAUUCUUAGAGUGAAAGAAAACGCAUCAGCAGUUGAAAUUAAGACAGCUUACCGAAGCUUAGCGAAGAGAGUUCAUCCAGAUGUAGCUACUUCUGAAUCUGAUAGCCGUGAUUUCAUGGAGAUUCACAAAGCUUAUACUACUCUAUAUGAUCCUACAGAGAGAGCUAAUUAUGAUCUCUCCAUUGCCCGCACCUCCGCUCGAUAUGGUUACAGUACCGGAUUGGGAAGUCGAUCGGAUUUUGCAGUUGUUGGUCAGAUGAGAAGGUGGGAAACAGAUCAAUGCUGGUAAUCGUCUCUCAUUGACUCUGAGGCGCCACCUACUUGCCAAAUUGAGCAAACCUCGAUAUUCCUAAAACUGAUCGAUGGAAUUCAAUCCCAUUUUACCUCAUUGGGUUUCAGUUCAGAUUGAAUUGAACCAAGGGGAUGCACAUUCUUGUGACUACUUCAAUUAAAUUAAAUGUCCUAUUCAUGCUAUGGCAGAUUGUAUCGUCAGUAAGGAGAAGGAAUUUGAAGCAUCUCCUCUAAGGAUGACUUUAAGAUCAAUUGGCUCGUGCCUAGAAAGCUUAUUCCACGUUUGGCCACAGCUUGGCAUGUGAUGGAAGAUUUUCGGAUCACUAUAUUAAAGAUUUGGUGCAACUCACAAAGUCCGAUUUCUAGUGCUCUAUUCUGAAAACUAAGCCAAGUUGAACUCAAUCAUCACUUACAGAGCAACUUCAGGAGGUUAAUAGCUAUGUUGUUACAUGUUGCUCGGAUAUUGAGAGGCUUGUCUGUCGCGAUCAAUAAAAUGCCGUUCUGGCAAACUGUAGACCAGAAGUUAAUCAAUCAAUAACUUUCCAUUCUACCUUAUUCUUAUUAAGCAAGAAGGCCUCAAGAAUCGAUAAGAAGGUUGAUUGGUGAAACUAGUGUAACUUCCAUUUGCUUUGUGCAAGAAUAUGUAACUGUAAAAUUGUAUCCUCAUUCAAAUACAUAUGCUUUAUGGGAUUUUCUUACUACAA